AAUCCAUUGUGAGUGGUGAAUAUUGAAUGUAUGUAGUUCUAUCUAAAUGUUUUAUAUGUAAAAUACUGUACAUCUGUUAGCACUGUUUGACAAUGUUUCCGCAUUUAGAACACCUUCACAGCAUGUUUAUUACUGUACCUUAGUGAAAGCACUGCCUUAUUCUAUUCACUGCAGGGACCCUGUAAUAGCAUAUAGGUCAUAAGCUACGGGAAACUCAAUUAUUUUGUGCAGAGAAAGUGAAUAAAAUCUAAGCAGCCAUGGUUGGCGUGCUUCUCUUUGCAUAUAUCACAGUGAAUCUAUUCCUUAAAUGUCAAGGUCAAACGAUUCAUCAAGCUAAGAUUUACAGUGAAAAUUCAGAAGUUCCAGAAGGUGGAAGACUGGAGGUUACUUGCAGCACAUUUGGCUUUACAGUAAAGGCAGUUUAUUCAUAUCUGUGUAAAAAUGGUAAAGCCAUUCUUAUGAAAAAAGGGACACCUCGACAAGACACCACCUUUAAAAUAGAGAGAAUAGAAAUGAACGCUUCAGGCAACUACAGCUGUGUGUUUUCAGAAGAGCAGUUGGAAAUAACCAAAGUGACAGGAUAUGGUCAAAAUUACAUCUUCAUAAAUGUGAUCGAAUCUUUUAUUUAUACACAGAUUACUUUACUUAAACCUGAGGUGCCAGUGGGAAGUGAUGCUGAGUUUAACUGUUCGACAUCCAAACCUUUACACAAAAACCUGUCCAAGAACAUGAUUUGGGCUUAUCUCAUCAAAAAUGGAACACCUGUUGAAGUUAAUAUUUGGGACACAGAGAAGAUGAUGACAACAUUGACCCUCAGAGAUGUCAGGAUUGAAGAUGCUGGGACAUACAGUUGUGUUGUAUUCCUAAACAUACUCCCUUACCAUGGAAUGAGACUUCAUCAAAAUAUUACAGUCAAUCUUGAGAUUACUGGUAAGAAUGGGAGGGGACAAACAAAAAAAAAAUUACAAUUUAGAGUUAUAAUUUAA